AUGCUUUACUCAUAUGUGGAACCAGCUGAAGUACAAGGUACCGUGAACGCGAACGGGGAGACAAAGCGACAGAGAACGUCCUACACGCGAUACCAAACGCUUGAAUUGGAAAAGGAGUUUCACUUCAACCGGUACCUGACGAGGAGACGACGGAUCGAGAUCGCCCACGCCCUCUGUCUCACCGAGAGGCAGAUCAAGAUCUGGUUCCAGAACCGGCGCAUGAAGUGGAAGAAGGAACACAAGAUGGCGUCAAUGAAUAUCGUUCCUUACCAUAUGAACCCGUAUGGCCACCCCUACCAGUUCGACCUUCACCCGAGCCAAUUUGCCCAUCUAUCCGCAUAG